UAACUAGCUACAGUACUAACUACAGUGCUAACUAGCUACAGUGCUAACUAGCUACAGUGCUAGCUACAGUGCUAACUAGCUACAGUGCUAACUAUAGUGCUAACUAGCUACAGUGCUAACUAGCUACAGUGCUAACUAGCUUCAUGCUAACGUUACGUCUUUUCUUCUGAUGUGAUUCUUUGCUCAUCAACAUCUCGACAGGAGGAGAAACGUUUGUUCCUGUUGGCAGCAGGUUGUUAGUUAGUUAGCUUCGUAGUAAACUGUCCGGUUUCUUAGUCAGUCUUUACCAGACACGCUGUAAGAAUAUAGUUUUAUUCUUCUGUCUCCAGUCUGCUGAUUAUAAAUAUAGAGAUGUAUUGAGUUAGCCGUGGACAUGCUAACCAAACAACACUGAUGCUAACGUUAGCAUUAGCAUCAGUUUAACUCAACCCGGAGCUCGUGUUUUACUCCUUUAGAUUGUGAGUAGCUGUUAACAGUUAUAAUUUAACAUUAAUAUGAUAAUACUAGUCAAGACUACCGGCGUGUUAAUGUCUGAUAUCUGGCUUAUUGGCCUUUGCUAACUAACAAGCUAACUAACUAGCAUCAUUUUUGCUAAUAAAUUUGUCAGCGUGUGCAGAAAAUUAGUAAAAUCCUCCACGAGCAAUGUUGAGUAAUUAAUGUAGUAAUGUUUCUAGUUGUGAUUUGACCUGCUUUAUACUAGACUUCUCUUUUUGUUUUUGUUUACAUGCGUAUAUAACUUUAAUUUCUUUGCUAGCUAGCUUAAUGUUAGCACUUCUCCCAGCUAUGUCCUGACAUUUAAAGUGGAUUUAAAUGUCAAUAUGUGGAGCUAAAGUUUGCAGAUCAGAUUCUUUGAAAUGACACUAAAAUUCCGCCGAAAGAAAGAAGGCUCUGAUGCCGAGAGACUGUUGUCAGAGGAGGGUGAAUAAUAGCCACUGGUUCCAUUAACAUCAGCCAUUUUAACACAGGAGGGCUGCCUGUGUGGUGGUGUUUUUAUCUGGUGCCUUCCACCUGGACUUGAUAUUAAAGUGCCUUUUGGGUCUCACUGGAGCUACAAAAGGAGGAUUGAACAUGGAGGGUCCGAGCAGGAGCACUGGGUUCAGGCAGAGCCGACGGUCCCGGUCACAGAGAGACAGGGAGCGGCGGAGGAGGAGAGUGGACCUGGCCGAGCAGAGGGCCACAUCCCUGUCCUCAGGCUCCGACAGGGAGGCUUGUGGUGGGACGAACAGUGGGGGGGUGCCGGUGGGUCCUGGUACCGGUACUGUACCCGGUGGGAGAGAAUGCCGGCCCGGGUUCGGGAGACACAGGCCUCCACGCAGGAGGAAGAGAGAGUCGGUGUCCUGCGAGGAAGACAUAAUCGAUGGCUUCGCUAUUGCGAGCUUUGUCAGCUUGGAGGCACUGGAGAUGGACUGCUCUCUGAAGCCCAGUCAGCGCACUGAUAUGCUGGGAAGGAGGAACAAGGGGAAGAGAGGGCCGGAGGAGAAUGGAGGAGGGCCGCUGUCCGAGCCGGAGGAAGGAGCCCCGCACAGCUACUCCAGCAGCUGCUGGAACAAGAGCAGAAAUAAGAGGAGAAAGAUAGAGGGACACCCUUUGGAGACUGGCUAUAUUUGUGACACUGAGAGUGAUACAGGAGACAAGGCCUCAGACAACGACAUGGACCCAGUCUUCACAGUCAGUACGAGGAAAGUUGUGGAGCCUGCCCCCUCAAACAUGGGCACAUCCAUGGCCAAAAUCUGCCCGCCUCUCCCGGCCCGUUGUGGCGGUGUCUCACGGUUGAUGGUGACCCCGAGAGUAUCCGGCCUGGAGCGAAGCCAGGAGAAAAGCUUGGAGCAGCAUUUCCCAGAGCCUGUUUCUUCUUCUACCUCUUCCGCCCCCUUCUCUUGCCUGCCUUCCCCGGUCACAGCCCCGGGCACAGUCCCCCGGUCCAGCCCGUUCAACGGAAACGGCAGCCGCCACAACGGCAGCCCGCCACUCAACAAACCCAAACCCUUCCUCACUUUGCCUGGACGAUCUCACUCCAUCUACAACAUCAACAGGAGCAACACCCCAGUCAAACCUCCCUCAUCUGCUUCAUCUGCGUCUUCCUCAUCCUCCAUGCGCCCCCCGACUCCCUCCACCAGUGUGCCCUACUCCAGGGGCUUAGGAUCCUCAGGGCCCCACCGACCCCCAUCCCGAGCCAGCUCUGGAGCCUUGUUCACGUCCUCACCUGGCCUUCCUCCCCCUCCACCUCUGCUACAAGGUCCUGGCCACUCCACAGCAGCAGACCAAGAAUUGUUGCGUCAAAACUUAAACUCCCACUUCUUGAAUUCACAAGAGCGCGAGGGCAGACGCAGCGUCCCAGGGGCUGAAAAUAAUGCAGCAGCUGCGGGCCGCUCCACUCCUGGUGGUCCAUCGGCAUCGAACUCCACACCGGGUCCAUCGGGUCGGACGUCUCAGAACCAGACGAGUAUCCCGCCUCUGGCCUUCCAGUUCCAUCAGCACAACCACCAGCACCAACACACGCACACGCACCAACACUUCACGCCCUUCCUGCACCCCACAGCUACCGCGCCGCCUCUGUUUGAUAAGUAUCUAAGCAAAUCGGACGGACUGUACCGACACCCUUUCUUCCCACAUUACCAGCCGCCCUCAGUGCCGAGUAUCCAGCCUGUGAUUCCUCCCACUGGGCCUUUCAGCUCCUUACAAGGAGCAUUUCAGCCAAAGCCUCUUGUCCCUCAGGGAGCGGGUCCUGAUAUAUCUUCACGACUCGGGGUUGUGCCUCACCACCUGCAGCCCAAAGACCCCAGGCUAACUGAUCCAUUUGGGACAUCGUUGAGAAUCAGUAAUAAACCAGGAAAGUGGUGUGCUAUGCAUGUGUAUGUGGCCUGGAUGAUUCUGAGCCAUCAGAAAAAAGUGAAGCUGAUGCAGGCUGAUCCUCACAAGUUGGACUUCCGUAGUGACCUGCUGGCUCGUCUUCCUGGAGCCGGGGGACUGGGCCCCAUGGGGCCCAUGGGAGGAGCAAUGCCUCCCACUCAUGAUCUAACCAGACCUCCCAGUCUGUUCUCAGCUGCAGGGGCAGUCAAUCCGUCCUCCGCUCCUUUCAUCUCUCCAUCAACGCCCCACACCUCUUUCCUCGCACCAACUGCACACUUGGAUCCGUAUGGCCGAUCCCCACCCUUUACCCCACUGGGAGCCCUUGGUUCUGGUGCCUUUGGAGGACUUGGCAGUCCAACACUGGCAGGAUCUGUUUUUGGCCCCAAAGAUUCACCAGCUAAUGUGGUUGGAGGCCUGUCCAACCCCAACCAUCACGACCCAUGGAACCGUCUACACGGCGGCCCGUCUGGGUUCGCUCCCGGCCCCAGCUGGGCUAAAGGACCGGACAAGCGGGACGAGAGGGAUCGAGCGAAGGACGUGGAGAGGAGAGACAUCCCCCACAUCAAGGAUGAAAAGGACAGAGACAAUAUGCUGUAUGGCCGACAACCUGUGAGAAUGUCUCCAGUCGCCCCUCCCUUCAAGGCCCGCAGUAGCACCCCGGUCUCCCACAUUAACGGCCACAGCAGCGCCCAGGGGGGCAGCACCGGGCCCAUUGAGGACCUGACACGCAGCUUAAGUAGAGACCGAGACCGCGAGCGGGACAGAGAUGGGGACAAGAGGCCGCAGCCGACAGUGUCUUCACGGGGACCUCCUUCAUCUUUAGUAGCAGACAGGGACAGACCACGGUCUUCCUCAUCUUCUGUGCUCACCACUCCCCCGCCCUCCAACCGCUCAGCACCGUCUCCCAUGGACCUUUACCCCCGCCCGAUGGCCCCGACAGCACAUAACCUCCACAACGAGCCCUCGCACUCCCAAAGAGACGGUAACCUCCCUUCUUCCUCCGCAGCUUCUGCCUCUGUCACUUCUUUGCCUCAGGCCAAGAAGUCUGACCGGACCACAACGCCUGUCUCCAAACCUCCCAUGCUUCUCCCGCCAGUCAAAGUCAAAGAGGAGCGGAAAGAGGAGCCGGAGCACAUCCCCAUCACCCACCCUCCCCCAGCACCCAACCACAGCUUUGAACGCCCCAACAGCCAUCCACACCACCAUCGCUCUGGCACCCCUUCCUCUUCCUCCCUAUCACUGACUCCCACUCCCGGUGUUCCCCACAUGAUACCCAAUCAGAACCCGCCUUCCCACCAACACCUUUCCCUGCUGGACCGCUCCAGGGCCAUUGAAGCGUAUCUGGGCACAGGUGCUGCAGGUUUGGUGAUGGGUCCAGGAGGAGACCGUUUCCACCAUGGUCCAGGCCAAGGACCAUCACACGGUCCACACAGCUUCACAUGGGACCCCUGGAGGGAGCUGGCGGCUCAGCAUCAACAUCAGCAUCGUAGGGAGGCUUUGGCACUUCGGGCAGACCCUCACCUAGCCCUGCGAUCCGAUCCACAUCUGGCCCGACUGCUCCAGCAUCAGCGCCUUCUGGAGGCAGAGAGGGCUGCGGCUGUAGCAGCUGCAGCCAACCCUCACCACCCUCCGACAUCUACCUCUGCCUCCAACUCUGCUGUCCGCCAGGAGUUCAGCCUCAUGGCCCAUCACUUUGACCGCCCUCAUCACCUUGGACCCCCGGGAGGAGGGCUGAUCGAUGAGGAGCAGCGUGCCCAGAUCCUGAGGGAAGACUUUGAGCGGGCUCGCUACUAUGGGAUGCACCCACACAUCCCCGCUGGCGCUCAUCUCUCAGGCCCUUCGCAUGCUGCUACUGCCGCUCACCUGGAGCAGCUCCACCCUGGCCUUCUCGCCCACUCGCUCCCCCACGGAGCUCAUCCUUCCCAGCACCACCACGCUGGCCUCUUCGCCCGCCUAGGCCAUCUAAACCCACACCACGUGCCCAACGGCAUCCUGACAAAGACCCCCGCAGGCUUGGUGGGAGCUCUGGCAGUUGGGGCGCCGCCUCCGCUCAUUCCGUCCAUCACCAGCCGGUCGUCCACACCACCCCGCAGACACGUAGGGCCGGCCGAGCUGGCACUGUACAAUGCCCACAAAGACGGAGAGUCCAGAUAGUACAGGGACAACACUGGAGGAGAUUAAGGGAAAUGUCAGGAUCACUGUGCUGCUCUCAACCUGCCCCCUUUUUCCUCUUGCAGACUACUAAACCCUCUCAGUUACACAAAACCAGCUACAGUCCACCCCUGAAAAAAGGGGUAACCAUGACUGGCUGGAGGUGAUGGAAGGGAGGGAAAUGCAAGACUCAUCAGUGUGACUUGGAAUAUGCGCAAUGGUUCUAUCAGUGCAAUUUAAAGGUACAUGGUUUCUGUGCAUCCUUGGUGUAUUUUUUAUUUUAUACUGGCGGUUGGUUAUUACAGUAGUCCAUUUUGAAAAGCUGUAGGAAAGGCAGAGGACAGUUUUCUUUCAUAUUUCAGGUGAAUUAUGAUCCAUGCUUUUCAGCAAGCCUUUUCCAGGUGGAUUGGACUUCCAGAGGGAUGUACACUGUGAAAACACGUCAAAGGGUUCAUCCUCAGCUUGGUUAACUCAUGGGAUAUUAUUAUUAUAAAGCCUUCCUCUACAUAAAUCAACCCUGAUUAGGUAUUGUGGACGAGGGUCUUUUAGAAAUAGUGGUAAAAAGUGGUGCUUUCUGUUCUGUCUGUGCGUCUUCGUCCUUGUGGAAAGACAGAUUACUGAUGAGACCAUUUUUUUUAAAUGAAGAUCAGUAAGCAUCGCACCUCCUGCUUUACCCAAAAAUCUAAACCCCUCAGCUUCACUGAUAAUGAGAUUUUUAUGGCUUUUUUUUUUGGUUGUUUUCAAAGGAUGAAAUGAACUGUGCUACACUGUGUGAGUGAACACAGUGAUUUUUAGAGCUUCCUGUAACUGUUUCCCACUCUCCUCUUGACUAUAUGAGCAGGACCAGAUUAUAGUAGUCUAGAGAAAAUUGCCUUUGUAAUUAUUAUUCUUAACAUUAAUUAUCUUCUAUAAUAAUAAAUAUAUUCACUGUUAUGUUAUUUGUCUUUGUUUCGGGUAUCAACCAGUACUCUCUCCCCCAGGUAGUAAUCUGUUUUCAAAUCAUGCAGAGGACAAGAGCAGAGGGCUUGCGUCACAGAAAAACUGUUUGUGAACAUUAAGCCGUCUCCAUUGCGACCUCUGGGCCUCUUCAAGGAUCUCAUCUACGACUUUAUUACGCUGAGAGGGAGGUUUGCCUGUGUGUCAUUGGUUGUGUGUUAUAUCCAUUUGGGACUAUGGGAGCCUUGUACAUUGAACUGUCGAGUUGUUUCAUCAAUAAAAAUAAGUUAUAUACAUGGAUAAGUGGGACAUCUGCUGAAGAACUGAAUAAUAAAAAAAAAAUAUAAGGACUUGUGUCAGAAGACAACUAGACAGUGGGUAUCCUGAGAGGGAAAAGACUGGGUCGAUUAUUUUAAUAUGACCAUUUUAUACCUUUCAAACCCCUCCCCUAGAGACCACAAAGAUUAAUUAUUAAAUGAAUUGUUGUUUA